UCCUCCAAGGUCAAUGCAUGCUCGCAGUCUCCAUUUUCCCCCAAAGCAGCUUCUCAAACCCAUCGUCUACCUUCGCCACCCUCUCCACAUUGCAACUGUGUUUCCCUGUGUCCACUAUCCUGCGCGUGUGUUCUGAUCGAGCUCCAGGCGUUCCAAUGGCUGAGGUACUGGCCACCAUGGUGGUCGGGCCACUGGUGUCCAUGGUGAAGGAGAAGGCCUCCAGCUACCUCCUGGAGCAGUACCAGGUGAUGGAGGGCUUGGAGAAGCAGCACAAGCUCCUCAAGCGCAAGCUGCCGGCCAUCCUGGACGUCAUCACCGACGCCGAGGAGCAGGCGGCAGCCAAGCGAGAAGGGGCGAAAGCUUGGCUGGAGGAGGUCCGACAGGUGGCCUACCAGGCGAAUGACGUCUUGGACGAGUUCAAGUACGAGGCGCUCCGCCGCAAAGCCAGGGAGGAGGGGCACUACAAGGAGCUCGGCAUGGAUGUAAUAAAGCUCUUCCCUUCUCACAACCGUUUUGUGUUUCGUAUCAAGAUGGGCAAUAAGCUCCGCAUGAUUUUGGAAGAACUUGAUGUCCUUAUCGCAGAGAUGAAUUGUUUCGGGUUCAAGUUCCGGCAAGGGCCACCAGUGCCCGUAAAUCACUUGAGGGAGAAUAGUUCUAAAAUCAUCGACCCUGUGGACAUUGCCGGCAGAUCCAGAGCUGGAGACAAGAAGAAGAUUAUUAAGUCGUUGCUUGAUAAAGCUAGCAAUGUGAAUCUCACGGUCUUUCCUGUCGUCGGGAUGGGAGGGAUGGGGAAGACCACCUUAGCCCAGCUUGUUUACAAUGACCCUGACAUUCAGAAGCAUUUCCAGCUGCGACUCUGGGUGUGCGUCUCUGACAACUUUGAUGUGGAUUCCCUGGCUGAAAGAAUUGUCGAAGAAGCUAAGAAGAAUGGUUGUCAAGCAAAUGGAAGUUCGGCAUUGGACAAGCUUCAAAAUGCAGUGAGUGGGAAGAGGUACCUCCUCGUAUUGGAUGAUGUCUGGAACCGUGAUGAGGCACACAAGUGGGAAAAACUGAAGUCCUACCUUCAGCAUGGUGGCAGCGGCAGCUCAGUGCUCAUAACAACUCGUGAUCAAGCCGUCGCUCAACUAAUGAUGGGUACAGCUACAGGAGCCUAUGAACUUGGACGCUUGGGUGAAAAUUUCAUAGAGGAAAUUAUCAGGUCGAGAGCAUUCAGCUCGAAACAAGAGAAGGAUUGGCCUCGUGAACUAGUUAACAUGGUUGGUGAUGUUGCAAAGAGAUGUGCUGGUUCUCCUUUAGCUGCUACAGCAUUGGGCUCUGUGUUAAGUACCAAGACCACCGCGCGUGAAUGGAAGGAUGUGCUAAGGAGAAAAAAGAUUUGUGAUGAUAGAAACGGAAUCUUACCGGUACUCAAGCUUAGUUACAAUUGCUUGCCAUCACAUAUGCGGCAAUGCUUUGCUUUCUGUGCUAUGUUUCCCAAGGAUUAUGAGAUUGACGUGGAAAUGUUGAUCCAGUUAUGGAUGGCCAAUGGUUUUAUCUCGGUGCUACAAGGAGAAGAACAUCCUGAAAUUUCAGGUAAAAAUAUUUUCAUUGAGCUUGCGUCAAGGUCAUUUUUCCAGGAUGUGAAGGGGAUUCCAUUUGAGUUCACUGAUAUAGAGGUCUCUAGAGUUACUUGUAAGAUCCAUGACCUUAUGCAUGACGUUGCAUUGGAUUCUAUGGGAAAAGAAUGCGCUGCUAUAGCUACAGAACAGAGUAAAAGUGGGGAUUUUCCACAUUCAGCUCGUCAUUUAUUAUUGUCAGUCUAUAAACCAGAAACUCUUCUGAAUGCUUCCCAGGAGAAAGGCUCUCCGGUUAUACAAACACUGAUAUGUGAGAAAGAUGUAGACAAUGACUUGCAACAUUUGUCAAAAUACAGGUCUGCGCGAGCAUUAAAGAUCACGGGAGGUUUAGAGUUAAAGCAAACUUCAUUCCUAAAACCCGUAUGGCUACAUCACCUGAGGUACCUUGAUCUCUCAGGAAGCUAUGCUAUUAAAUCACUUCCUGAAGAUAUAAGCAUCCUAUAUCAUCUGCAAACAUUGAACCUUUCUGGCUGUCGCUAUCUUGAACGACUUCCAAAGGGAAUGAAGUACAUGACUGCCCUCCGUCACCUCUACACUCACGGAUGUUGGGAGUUAAAGAGCAUGCCCGCUGACCUCAGAUACCUCACUUCCCUACAGACGUUGACAUGCUUUGUAGCAGGUGCCGGCUCUGAUUGCAGUAGGGUGGGAGAACUGAGGUGGUUAGAUGACCUUGGUGGUCAGCUGGAGCUAAAACGGCUAGAAAAUGUGAAAGAGGCAAGUGCAAAAGAGGCAAAACUCGGAAAUAAGAAAAAACUGGCCAGAUUGACAUUGAGAUGGAGUGAUUGUGACAAGGAGGCACAUAAUAGUGAUAAAGAGGUGCUGGAAGGUCUGGAGCCUCAUGAUGGGCUGAAGGUUCUAAAGAUAUAUUCCUGCAGUAUCGACACUUGUCCAACAUGGAUGAAUAAGUUGCAAGGCAUAGUGGAGCUUAAGUUAUCCGGUUGCAAAAGACUCGAGAAGCUUCCUGCAUUCUGGCAGUUACCAGCUCUGCAAAUUCUUUGCUUGUACGGAUUGGAAAACAUACGUUACUUGUGCAGCAGUGAUACAGCCUUCACAUUUCAGAAACUGAAGAACCUUGAAAUUUUUGAGUUGCCAAACUUUGAGAUAUGGUGGGGCACAAGUGAGGUGCGAGGAGAAAGACCAAUAUUUCCUCUGCUUGAGAAGCUGUUAAUCAAAGAGUGUAAAAGUCUAGCUGCAUUGCCGAAAGCAUCAGUUGUUAAAGAAACAUUUGAAGGAGUCAAGACUGAGUACAGGUCUGCAUUUCCAGCAUUGAAGGAAAUGGAAUUAGAAAAUCUUGAUAUGUUUCAACGAUGGGAGGAUGGCGAAGGAACUCCAGGAGAAGAGCUAACAUUUCAUCGGCUUGAGAAACUAAUAAUUCGGAGUUGCCCAGCGUUGACUACUGUACCCGAAGCACCUAAGCUAAGUGUAUUAGAAGUACAUGGAACCAGCCAACAAAUAUCGUCCCUGCACGCAGCUAGCAGAUAUAUCACUUCAUUGUCCAGCCUGGAGUUGUUAGCCGAUGACACAGAAACAGAAUCGGUGGCUGAACAAAAUUCGAGUGAGUUGGUGCAUGGCAGGGAGAAAUGGGAGCAUAGAUCCCCUCUGGCACGUAUGCAUUUACGGGGAUACAACCUUUUGUUCUCCCACUCAAGUGCACUGCCGCUAUGGACAUGUUUUGCACAGCUCGAACAUUUAACAAUUUGGUGGUGCGACUCUCUUGUCUACUGGCCAGAAAACGUGUUCCAGGCCCUGGUAUCCUUGAGGAAUUUACGUAUUUGGAGAUGCAGCAAACUGACUGGACGCACACAAGAAACUUCUGAGCAAUCUGCUCCAGAACGGAGUGGACUCCUGCCAUGUCUAGAGUCUCUAUCAUUAGAUGAUUGUCCAUCUUUGGUAGAGGUUCCCAACCUACCGGCAUCUCUCAAGACAUUACAUAUUUACAACUUCCAUAUGCUCGGGUCCAUCAUAUUCGGUCAGCAGGAGGAUACAUCAUCAUCACUAAUUCCAGGGUCCAGCAGUACUGAAGCUGUACUGAAGCUGUCAUCAUCAACCAGCCAUCCCUUCCUUCCAUGCCUAGAAUCGCUAGACAUAAUGCUUUGCCGUGGCUUGUCAGAGGUUGCCAAUCUUCCUCCGUCCAUCAAGACCUUGGAGAUUUGGGAAUGCGACAAUCUUCGAUCCUUAUCAGGACAGCUGGAUGCACUCCAAACAUUAAAUAUUAACCGUUGCAGUAAUUUGAAAUCGCUGGAAUCUUGCUUGGGAAGGCUCCCGUCGCUGGAAAACCUCAGCCUUUACAUGUGCAGAAGCCUGCAAUCCUUACCAAAUGGGCCUCAAACGUACUCAUAUCUUAGAGCUCUUUGGAUUCAAUCUUGUCCUGGUAUAAAGUUGCUUCCCUCGAGCCUACAGCAACGUCUGGAUCAUCUCGAGGAGAAAACACUAGAUGCCCGUUAUGAAGGAUGGGAAUAUUCAAUUAGGAGGCGGCUGGCAUGCUUGAAAUAGCAGAUUGAAGACAUGAUGAAAGUUAUUACCAUGGAUCGUUGCCAGGGCUGAUUGUGACUCGAGAUACAUUUGCCCUUUCUGAAGGUUAUCACCAGUGAAGUCAAGCUGAAGGCCUUGAUUUUGAGCAGAAAACAAAUGCCGGACUGCAAACGGAAGAAUUUAGCAUACAGAGAUGCAUGCUCCAGUUUUUAAUCCUUCUUUGUUCUUUUCAAGUGUGACGUGUUUGAAUAUGUGUGCGCUCCAGCAUAAGCGAAACACAACCAACACUUGAUGUAAGGAUGUGUUUUUCUACAUGACUGCAGAACAUGCUUGUUGUUCGACAAGCUGGUUUAAGCUGCUGAUUGAAAUGCACUGAAUGUGAUGAACUUCAUUCCA